AUGUCGAGAAGACGACCUGACCUAGUCGUUGCAGUCGAUCAAAUGAGGGAAGAGCUACCUCACCAAGCACGACAUAAUGGAAUUGAGCGAAUCCGCAGACUGAGUGCUCCCGUGAUUCUUGAACGAGCUGCAUUCCACUAUGAUCCGGCAAUUGAUUAUUGUGCCGACAAAUCGGUAAAAAUUGGGGAAAUGAAAAUAAUUUGUAAAUAUUAUCCUUUACGAUCAUUAGUUUCUGGGAUUGGAAAUGAUUCUAAGCACUUCUUGGCCAACAUUCAAAAAUAUAACAGCUGUUUUCAGAUGACAUCAUUUGGCGCUACACAUAUUAUACAGAACAAUUUCAUGCCCACUUUCAAGAUACAAGGACAAAUUUGUCACUUACUGGGGACACUGCUAUCAGUACCUGAUGCAGAUAAUAGAUUUUUACAAAUUUAUUUUAUGAGCAAUUCAGAUGCGGAAGAUGAUAAUCGUUGUGCUCACAAUCCAACAGUGAAGCGAACCAUUGUUCGUGAAUUACAAAUGUUCCUUCAUCAAAAUAACAAUUUAGUAAACAUGUUUAAAAUAGCAUUGGAUCAGAUGCCAUCUGGUAGCCAUAAUAGUAUCAUUCGAGCCGACAAAACACCUGGCGGUGAACACACAAGGGGGUUUAAUUCACCUACCAUUGACGAACUGCAGUCUACAAACGACUGCAGAAAUUUACGAUAA